AUGGGGAAGAAGAAGACGAGUGUUGUGCAGUCUGAUGAGUUGCCUGUGAUUGAGUUUCGGUAUGCGGAGCCGUUGUUCCAGUUUGUGUGUCACCCCGAGGAGCCUAUGGUGGUGAGUGCGCUGGCUACGGGCCAUGUGCUGUGCCAUCGGUAUGAUGCUGAGCUGCUGACUGAGAAGUUGCGGGAGGCGAGGAAAGUGCAGGAGGCUGUGAAGGUUGAGGAGAAGAAGCAGACGCUGUGGACUGUGGUGGAUGUGGACGCCGCGGACAAGCAUCCUGUUCUGCCCAGUGGGGUGACGUUGUUGUGGAGGACCAAGAGGCACAAAGGCAGUGUGCGUGCGUUGGCCAUUGACCACGACGGUAAGCAUGUCUACACUAUUGGUGCGGACAACGUUCUCAAGAAGGCGGACACGCAUAGCGGGAAAGUGGUCAAGAAGGUGACGCUGGAUGGUGGCUCUAAAGUCACGAAGCUGGUGAAGUCGGCUACCCAUGAUUUCCUGGUGAUGGGUGAUGAAGUUGGCACCAUCGUGGUGCUGGACAGUAAUGAUCUGACUACGAAGAACACUCUGACCAAGAUCCACGGGGGAGAUGCCAUCAACGACAUAUUCCAAUUCUGCAAGAGGUCGGUCUACAAAUAUAUCUCCUUGGGUCAAACUACGCUGGCCUACUGGGACACUAGAGAGCCCAAGAUGAAGCAACCGAAGAAGAACAGUGGGAACCAAACCGAGGAAGAGCUCUCUAAUAUCAUGUGUAGCGAUGACCAAGAGGACGAAAUUUUGUGUGGUGCAUUUGUGGAUCCAAUUGAGGGUGAUACUUUAGUAUGUGGUAUGGGUGAAGGGACACUGACUGUUUGGAAACCUAAGAAGAACGACUUGGAAGAUCAACUGACGAGAGUGAAGAUUGCAAAGGGUGAGAGUAUCGAUACCGUGAUAUCAACUCUCCAAGACGAUAACUGUGUUUGGUGUGGUUGUUCCAACGGUUUACUGUAUAAGGUUGACACUAAGCGUGGUAAAAUUGUUGAAAUUAGAAAGCACAGUGGACUUGAUGAAGUAGGUAUGCUAGAUCUCGAUUUCGAAUACAGACUUGUUUCAGGCGGUAUGGAUAAGCUGAAAAUUUGGGAAGUACCAAAGGAAGAAAAUUCGGACUCAGACUCAGACUCAGAUAUAAAUGACGACUCAGAAGCCGGUUUGUCCUCAUCUGAAGAUUCCGAUUCCGACUCGGAGUUAGGAUCUGGUUCAGAAUCGGAAGUUGAAUCUGAUGCCAGCUCUAAAUCUGACAGUGACCUGGAAGAAUGUACUGGUAGUGAUCUUCCUGGUGAUAUAGAAGGUAGUGAGGGCGAAAAUAACAGCAAUGAUGACGACAAUCACGACGAUCGUGAAGAACUGUGGAAAGAACUUGAUCAACCUACUUCUGAUGAAGAAGAGCCUCCCAAGAAAAGAUCACUAAAAGUGAAGGAUAAAAAGAAUAAGAAGUUUAAAAAGAAUGAGAAUAACUUAUCUCAUGGUAUUACCAAAUUUGAUGGUUUGUAA